CACAUCUCGCUACUGUUUUACUUAAUCUGAUAGAAAAUAAACUGGCAAUACCAAAGCGAGAUAUUCAUAAUCCUGCAUUGGUUGAUGCUUCAUUAAUCAAAACCGGUGUUGAUAACUAUUUGAUAUCACCAUAUUCAUUCUCUCAUAACCAGCGUUGGGGAUUCCGUUCUGUGGAUGACAAAACAAAACUCGAAUAA